AUGCAUUUCCAGCCCAUAGAGAACUCUUCCGAGGAUGCCUACUUGGCACACAUCGGCGGAGGGCCACAGGUGGAACCGCAAGCAAGCCUUGAUCAGCUCGACGAUGUUUUUGGAUCGGCAUCGGCUUCACCAACCGAACCAGAGGCGCAAAGUGGCUCUCAUCCUUCGGAUAUACGGCGUCUGGAAACUGAACAUACGAAUGCUGGAUAUCGAGAAGGCAUCACGGUGGCCAAGGAGUCGAGCAUCCAGGCUGGAUUCGAUGAAGGUUUCAGCCUAGGUGCCACGAUUGGAGCUCGUGCAGGACACCUACUCGGGAUUGUCGAAGGCAUUGCUGACGCGAUCAAGGGCCAAUCUGGCCAAGCUGCAGAGGCGGCAGAGCAGUUGCUAAAUGCAGCGAGAGACGAGCUGAGCACCGCCAAGAUCUUCUCAGCUGAGUACUGGGCACCAGACGGCAACUGGAACUACGACGUUACGGCUAGAGAUGGUGAUCAAGUUUUAUUCCCCGACGUUGCCGCUGCACACCCCUUGAUACAGAAAUGGAGCAAGACUGUCGAUGAUCAGGUGAAUUUGUGGCAGAUUCAACUUUCGAUACUGGACGAUGACAAUGGGCCACGCAUGGACGCAGUGCCCGUUGAGCCGCUCAACACGUCUGUUCCCGCACGGGCAAAGCAAUCACUGGAUUGGUGA